GACCAGGGCGGCGGGGCGGGGCCGCGCUCUCUGCCGCGCGGGGCUGUAAUCUGUCGUUAUAUUUAGCGGGCGGCGCCGGGCCGGGCUUCGGGAGGGGCCGCGGGGCUAUAAGUGGCCCGGGGCGCCCACCCUCGAAGCGGGAGCCGGAGCGAGGAGGAGACGGCGCUGGAACCCAUGGACACUUCGUACCCCCGCGAGGACCCCCGGGCCCCCACGGCCCACAAGGCUGACGGCGCCGCCCACACGGCCCUCACCCUGGGGGCGCCCAGACUCACACCUCGAGACCACUUGAUCUGGUCGGUGUUCAGCACGCUCUACCUGAACCUGUGCUGCCUCGGCUUCCUGGCGCUGGCCUACUCCAUCAAGGCCCGGGACCAGAAGGUGGCUGGAGACCUGGAGGCAGCCCGGCGUCUGGGGUCCAAAGCCAAGUGCUACAACAUCCUGGCCAUGAUGUGGGCGCUGGUGCCACCGCUGCUGCUCCUGGCGCUGGUGGUGACAGGCGCGCUACACCUGUCCCGGCUGGCCAAGGACUCCGCUGCCUUCUUUAGCACCAAGUUCGAUGACUCGGACUAUGACUGAUAGGCUGGGCCUUGUCCGCAUCCUGACUACGGACCCUGACCCCAGGACCAAAUCCCAGGGCCCUGCUCCGGGGUCUCUACCCUGACCCCCUGGAACCCUAUCUCCACCAUCCCACCGUGGGCACCUAAUGCUGACCCCAAAGAUCCCUUGUUUGGACCCCAGUGGCCUCAACUCCAGCCCUGAUGGUCCCCACUCCCCUACCUCCUUAUGCCCAGGCUGGACCCUCCCUCCUCAUACCAGACUCAUUCAGGCUUGGUUUCAUAAUUAAAAGCACCUGCUUCCAGAAAGUGCCUCUUGGGCUUUUUGCUGGGGUGGGAGAGGGUUUCUUCCUGAGAGGAACCACCCUGGGGACCACGCAAACUAAAUCCCCCUGGACUAUGCAGCCUGAUGCUAGGAUGACUGGUUCUGUCUGCUGGGCCCUGCCCCGACUGCUGCCCUCACUUGGCACUGGGAGGCUUGUGGCUUCUGGGGUGGGGACGCCUGCGUAUUUUAGAAUGAAGUCCA